ACACUUGGCAUGAUGACGGCCAUCCUAGAACGGAUCAGCACCUUGUCUAUCAGUGGACAACAACUCCGCCGGCUCCCUAAACUCCUAGAAGAAGGCUUCCCUAAGAUGCCUUCUACCGUCAAAGAAUCUGAUGUGCCCCAGCUUUUUCGGGAGCCAUAUAUCCAAACAGGGUAUCGGCCCACAGGUCAGGGUUGGCGCUAUUAUUUCCUCAGUCUCUUCCAGAAACACAAUGAAGUUGUUAAUGUUUGGACCCACCUGCUGGCAGCCUUGGCUGUAGUGCUGAGGUUUAAUGUUUUGGCUGAAGCAGAGGAGCUGUCUUUGGAGGUCCAUACUUUGCCGCUCUUCAUCUUCGUUCUCUCCUCUGUAACAUACCUAACAUGCAGCCUCUUAGCUCACCUCUUACAGUCCAAAUCGGAGAUGUCACACUACACCUUCUACUUUGUGGACUACGUUGGGGUCAGCAUAUAUCAGUAUGGAAGUGCCCUGGCUCAUUUCUAUUACAGCUCCGAUCAGGCCUGGUAUGACAAGUUCUGGCUUUUCUUCCUGCCAGCAGCUGCUUUCUGUGGAUGGCUGUCCUGCGCUGGCUGCUGCUAUGCCAAGUACCGUUACCGGCGCCCUUACCCUGUCAUGAGGAAAGUGUGUCAGGUGAUUCCAGCAGGGUUGGCGUUCAUUUUGGACAUCAGUCCUGUGGCACACCGUGUUAUCAUGUGCCAUCUUGAAGGCUGUGAGGAGAUGGCUGCUUGGUACCACACUUUCCAGAUACUUUUCUUCCUGGUCAGUGCUUAUUUCUUCUCCUGCCCAGUCCCUGAGAAAUAUUUCCCAGGCUCCUGUGAUAUCGUUGGUCACGCCCACCAGAUUUUCCACACAUUUCUAGCCAUCUGCACACUCUCACAACUGGAAGCCAUCUUCUUGGAUUACAAGAACAGGCAAGAUAUUUUCCUCAAGAGGCAUGGAUCCCUCUCCAUCAUCCUGUCCUGUGGCUCCUUCUUUGGCCUGGUGGCAUGCAGUGCUGUCACAGCACACCUCUUGCAGCGCAAGAUCAAAGUGGAGUUGGCUGUAAAGGAAUCCUGAGAGAUUGCCAGGGGGACAAGGCUGAGUUUCGGUCUGCUUAAAGAAAACCAGCAAAAGAGAACGGCAUCUAAAUACUGUAUAUAAGUAAAUUAACAAAAUGGUUUGCCUCUAAAUUAUAACCAAGGAGCUGAUUGAAGGCUGGAACUAUAUAUUUUAUUUUAAACUGCCUUUAGUCCUAAACACUUUUUUUUAAAAAAAAAUUUUUUUACUAAGUGUACCUGUUGCUGGGCAAAGGGCAUUUAGGACACCUAACUGAAAGUUUUUUUAGGCAGAUUUUUCUAAAUAUUAUUACUCUAAGUUACACACCGAAAUAUAUGUGAUAGAGAAAAGGGGACUAAGGAAAAGUUUGAAAGGGGAGAGGAAGUAACAUGGAAUCACUCAUUUACAAAGGCCAAGCUCUCGCUGAACUGUUGAACCUGUGCCUGUAUUGUACUCCUUCAAAAUGCAGAGUGGCGUUCACAUAACUGAAUACCAGAA